GAGGGGUCCUUUUCUCGCCGGGCUGAGGAGGAUUAGCAUUAGCAGCCAACAUGCCGACUGUCGGAGUAAAACGGGAUCUCCUCUUCAACGCUUUGGGCAGAACAUUCACCGAUGAGGAGUUUGACGAGCUGUGCUUUGAAUUUGGACUGGAGCUGGAUGAGAUUACCUCUGAGAAGGACAUCAUCAGCCGAGAACAGGGUGAUACCAAGGCGUCAGGAGCUUCUGACAUCAUCCUGUACAAGAUCGAUGUACCGGCUAACCGAUAUGACCUGCUGUGUCUGGAGGGAUUGGUCCGUGGACUGCAGGUCUUCAAGAACAAGCUGGAGGCACCUCGCUACACACGUGUCAGGCCAGCCAGCGGGGAGCCUCAGAAGCUCAUCAUCACUAAGGAGACGGCAGCAGUGCGACCGCAUGCUGUGGCAGCAGUGUUAAGAAACAUCACCUUCACACAGGAGCGCUAUGACAGCUUCAUUGAGCUGCAGGAGAAACUCCACCAGAACAUCUGCAGGAAGAGGAGCCUCGUGGCGAUCGGGACUCAUGACCUGGACACCAUCUCUGGUCCUUUCACGUACACAGCCAAACCUCCUGGAGACAUCUGCUUCAAACCUCUGAACCAGACCAAAGAAUACACUGCCACUCAGCUCAUGAGCCUCUAUAAGACAGACAGCCACCUGAGGCAUUAUCUCCACAUUAUUGAAGACAAGCCCGCGUACCCUGUCAUCUACGACAGCAACGGCAUAGUCCUCUCCAUGCCUCCCAUCAUCAAUGGAGAUCAUUCCAAAAUCAACCUGAAGACAAAAAACGUCUUUGUUGAGUGCACAGCAACAGAUGUGACCAAGGCAAAGAUUGUCUUGGACAUGAUGGUGACCAUGUUCAGCGAGUAUUGCUCACAGCCUUUCACGGUAGAGGAGGCUGAGGUGGUUUACCCCGAUGGCAAGGCGUGCAUAUACCCAGAGCUGGCGUACAGGAAGGAGAAGCUGUCCAGCAAGUUCAUCAACCACAAAGUUGGCAUCAAUGAGUCGACAGAGAAGAUCGCCCAGCUGCUCACCAGGAUGUGCUUGCGCUCUGAGGCCACAGGUGUCGGUGACGAGAUCGAGGUUGAGAUCCCGCCCACGCGCUCUGACGUCAUCCAUGCGUGUGACAUCAUGGAAGAUGCCGCCAUAGCCUACGGUUUCAACAACAUCACCCACACCACGCCACGCACCUACACCGUAGCCAACCAGUUCCCACUGAAUAAACUGACAGAGCUGUUGAGACAAGACCUGGCAGCUGCUGGUUUCACGGAGGCCCUCAACUUUGCUCUGUGUUCUCAAGAUGAUAUAGCAGAUAAGCUUGGGAGGAAGAUUUCAGACACUAAGGCGGUUCACAUCUCCAACCCCAAGACAGCAGAGUUUCAGGUGGCGCGCACCACCUUGCUGCCAGGUCUUCUGAAAACCAUAGCUGCCAACAGGAAGAUGCCCCUUCCUCUCAGACUCUUUGAGAUAUCUGACGUGGUCCUGAAGGAUCCAACCAAAGAUGUUGGAGCAAAGAACAGCCGGCGUUUCUGUGCCGUUUACUACAACAAGAGCCCGGGCUUUGAGGUGAUCCACGGCCUGCUGGACCGAACCAUGCAACUGCUGGAGGUGAAGCCCGGCCGGGCUGAGGGCUACCACAUCCAGGCUGCAGACGAUUCCACUUUUUUCCACGGCCGCUGUGCAGAGAUCUUUGUGCGUGGACAGUGUGUGGGACGUCUGGGAGUCCUCCAUCCUGACGUCAUCACCCGCUUCGAGCUGACGCUGCCCUGCUCUGCCCUGGAGAUGGACAUCGAACCAUUCCUUGGCGACUCUGCAGAAAUCCUUCUCACACACGACGUCCCGAUGCAGGAAGUCAUCGCGCACAACUUCCCCGUGCAGAUCGCAGCCCGCCCGGCGCCGGCCUCCUGCCCCGCUUCUACCAAAACUGUGUUUGGUGACGUGAGCACGCCGGCCGGCCUCAAAGCGCUCAAUGAUUUUCUAGCAGAUAAAAGUUACAUGGAGGGCUUCACAGCCUCUCAGGCUGACGUGUCCGUGUUUGACGCCGUCCCCUCUGUCCCCUCUGCUCCCUCUGGGAGCUUGUGUCACCUCGUUCGCUGGUACAAACACAUCCAGUCCUUCCAGAGAGAACGAGCUCACCUCCCAUCAGCCACCUCUCAGUUUGUCCUCCCAGCGGAUCUCUCCACCGACGCCUCGAGCGACGACGACGACAUUGACUUGUUCGGCUCGGACGACGAGGCGGAGAGCGCAGAGGCGGCCAAACUCAAGGAGCAGCGGCUCGCCGAGUACGCCGCAAAGAAGUCCAAGAAGCCAGCUCUCGUAGCCAAGUCCUCAAUCCUGUUAGACGUGAAGCCCUGGGACGAUGAGACGGACAUGGUCAAGUUGGAGGAGUGCGUCCGCAGCGUCCGCAUGGACGGACUGCUGUGGGGGCAGGCCAAGCUGGUGCCCGUGGGCUACGGCAUCAAGAAGCUGCAGAUAGGAUGUGUGGUGGAGGACGACAAGGUGGGCACGGAUCUGCUGGAGGAAGCCAUCACCGGCUUUGAGGACUGGGUUCAGUCUGUGGACGUGGCUGCUUUCAACAAGAUCUGAGUCGCACAGGACUGACUUCCCUGGUUUUAUUUGAGACACUGGGGUGAUACACAGUGAGGUAUCUGCCUCUGUACAGCACCACAAUGAGUUUGAAGUGAAACAAUCAGGAUGUAGUUCAAGUGUGGACUCUCAUCUUUAAUUUGAGGGAUUGAACAAAAGAAUCUAUUUUCUACUUUAUUUUCAGGGGCUCAGAAACAACAGGACAGACUUCAAUCAUGAUCAAUACAAGGCUUGUUUUAAUACUUGGUUUAAAACCUUGUUCCUGAAGACUGGAGACCAUGGACAUCAGCAUAGGCGGAGUUUCCUCCCUGGAUCACUAGUAUGAGAGGCAUUGUCACUUGUGACCAUGUAACGACACAAUAACCAAAGCUCAGGCCAUUCAUUUCAAUCCUUUUAUACAAGGAAACGUCAAAUAAAACCAUUCUCACGUUC